AUGAAGCUUAUACUAGUCACCUUAUUUUUUGCAGCCCUAGGGGUACAGUUUGAUGUCAAAACAGAGGGUAUAUCAGUUAUCAAGUCUGGAGAAGUCCUAAAAGAAUGAAAUCCAGAUUAUAAUUCAGGCUCUGCAUGCCAUCCUGUCCCACAAGUGCAUGAAGGUGAAGGAAUGAAUUAUCGUGAUUUCACAUUUAUAAACACAGAAAAUACCUCCCUCAGAAUAAAUAAUCUAAAAGUCGAUGCUGAUAAUCAGUCUAUUCUAAUUCCGGAUUUCACAGGUUUGGAUAAUGAAAAUUUUGGCCCUAGAGAGUCGAAAACAGUAAAAUUGAAUUAUUAUUGCACUGGAGAGCCGGGUUGGAGUGUUGUACACAUAUCGUUUACUAUUUCGAGUGAUACUGAUAAAAAUUAUGAAAUGAAAUUUGUUAAAAUUUGUGAUAGCAGCAAUAUUUCAAAUUUCGACUGGUCAAUGAUGAUUUUAUUGAUUAUUGCGAUCAUUGUGGUCGGAUUUUCUGCAUGGUCAGCUAAAAUUGUAAGAGUGCUCCCGAAUAUGCCAGAAGACGCAAAUGAGCUGCAAACAAUUCAUGCUGUAUUAUUUAUUGCGUGUGGGUCAAUAUACAUGAGCAGGCUAAAAGAGUGAAAUUGCAAUAGAUUUUUCAAUGAGAUUUGUGUGAUAGUGAAAAAAUAUUAAGAUGAUAAGACAAUUUUUAGAUAACAGAGCUAUUUAGUUCUAUAUUGACCUAUUAGCUUGAAAUUGGCCUGACAGACUUCCAAGUUGCUGAGAAUGAGAAAAUAUUAAGAUUUACCAAAACCGUGCAAAAUCUAUAUUUUUAAUAGUGCUCUUCCUAUUCAAAUCGUACCUAGAAAAUAUUUUAACUGCUAUUAUCUGUGCCGCCUCAAUCGGAGCAAUCACAUUUGUCUUAGAUUUUCUUUUUGAGUCCUGGCGCUGGGAAUCUGCCUGAACUUUCCCUUAUAUCGGCGAAGUAAAACAAAAAACUUUGGCAUUGGUAUCAGUUUCUACAACAAUUAUCCUCUUCUAUUUAUUUACCAGAAACUGAAUUCUUAACAAUAUCAUAGGAAUUUGUUAUACCUUUAUGGUGAUAAAAUCAGUCAAAAUUUCAAAUUUUAAGAUUGGAGCUUUAUUGCUAGGCCUAGCCUUUUUUUAUGAUAUUUUUUGGGUUUUUUUAUCAGAAAAAGUGUUCGGUGCUAAUGUAAUGGUGACUGUAGCCACAGGCUUGGACCUCCCAUUAAAAAUCCAGUGCCCUCAUAUACAGCCUUUGCCUAUACAAAAAACAUGUGGAAUGAUAGGAUUAGGAGAUCUAGCGUUACCAGGGUUACUUAUAGCAUACGCUUCUAGACUGGAUCAUAUUUAUCAGUCAAAUUAUUUGAGGACAAUGAUGGUUUGCUAUGCAAUUGCGCUUUUUAUGUGUACUUUUGUAUUGGCUGUUUUUCAUGCUGCACAGCCUGCUUUGUUAUAUAUUUCGCCGAUGCUUAUUUUUGGGAUGCUGAUUCAGGCAGUUAUGAGAAAAGAACUGCCUAAGGUGUGGGAAGGGCGAAGACCAACAACAAAUUUACUGCAUACAGAAGUUGCUUUACAAGAAUUUAGGGCAUAG